AAACAAGCAGUCGCAGCAGCUGGAAAAUGACGAAAUGUGCAGCAGCAAACAUGAAAUCGGCGACUAGGAGCACGAAAAUGAGAUUCGAGAUCGAGAUUUGAGUUGGAUAUCGAGACUGAGUAGCUGCUUGAGUAUGUGCAUCGCAGCAUGAGGACGGGGUGCUAGCUCGAGAGACGCCAAUCAGAGCAAUUGUCACUAGCCAUUAGUUAGUUAGCCAUCGCGGGGCCAGGGGGCAGGCAGGAGUGCUGCGGCGGCUGCCUGCCACAAAUGGUUAAGCGCGACUUGUAUAUAAGACUGAAGAACUCGAGGAAACUGCAUCUCACACUCGAGCUGAGUUCUUGCAGUGCAGACGCGCUUCACACCGAAUAAAGCAAAAGAAGGAACUACCAAUAUCCUACAGCAUGUUCGCUCAGACUCUUUGUGUGCUUGGCCUGGUGCUGGCUGUCGCAGUGGCCGUACCCAUUGACUCCUACGGCCCGUCGCUGAUUUCGGCUCCAGCUAUUUCGUAUGCGGCUCCCAAGCUCCUUGCGGCUCCAGCUAUUUCAUAUGCAGCGGCUCCAGCUAUCUCCUACGCAGCGCCCAAGCUCCUGGCCGCACCCGCCUUGGCUGUCUCCAAGGUAGCAGUCGCCGAGCCCUACGAUCCCAAUCCUCAGUAUAGCUUCUCGUACGGAGUCACGGAUCAAAAGACUGGCGACUCCAAGCAGCAGGAGGAGACCCUGGUCAAUGGUGUUGUCCACGGCAGCUACUCCCUGGCCGAGCCCGAUGGCACCAUUCGCAAGGUGACCUACACCGCUGACAAAGUUAACGGUUUCAACGCUGUCGUCGAGAAGAAGGGCGUGGCCGUGGUAGCCAAGCCCGCAUUGGCCGUUGCCGCCGUGCCAACCAUCGCCAAGCUGGCGGUGCCCGCUCUGCCCACCAUCACGAAGAUUGGAUAUGCUGCGCCAGCGUACGUGUCGUCCGGCUAUGGUGCCCAUCUUACGUCAGAGUUGGCCAUUGGCUGGUCACAUUUGGCAGCGGUUGCCACAGCGCACCUGACCACCAAGGCGGGUGGCAAAGUGUUUAAAACCAAGCACACCGCACCACCAGAAGACAGUACAGAAAGUGCAAUCAAACCCCACUCACUACCCACAGUUCAAUCAGACAGCCCCAGCAACGACAUGGCUCUACUCAAGACUCUCAUCAUCAGCUGCGCUCUGUUCGCUGUCAUCGAGUGCGCCCUGGUUCCGGCGGUGCCCGUCAACACAGACUUCGACCCUCAUCCACAGUACGCGUACGCCUACAACGUGCAGGAUGCCAUCACGGGAGACAGCAAGAGCCAACAGGAGGUGCGCGAGGGCGACGUGGUGAAGGGCUCCUACUCGGUAGUCGAUGCCGAUGGCUCGCUGCGCACCGUUUUCUACACCGCCGAUCCCAUCAACGGCUUCAAUGCGGUGGUGCAGCGCGGCCCAGUGCCAGUGCCAGUGGUGGCAGCAGCCCCACGCCCCGUCAAAACUCCACUAAAUCUUCCAAAUAAAAUGGCACAAACAUUGUUGCUCGUUGUUGUCAGCGCUUUGGUGGCCGUGUCCAAUGCUGUGGUGGUGCCUGGUCCUGGACUCGCUCUGCCCGGCUAUCCUAGCCUGGCAGCGCCCGUCUACCCCAAGCUGGCGGCGCCCAUCUAUCCAGGACUGGCCAAGGUGGCCGUUGCCAAGGUGGCUGGACCCGAGCCAUACGAUCCCAAUCCCCAGUACAGCUUCAGCUACGAUGUGCACGAUGCUUCCACUGGCGACGUGAAGAACCAGCAGGAGACGCGCAGCGGCGAUGUUGUCCAGGGCUCCUACUCGCUGAUCGAGGCUGACGGCACGCGCCGUAUUGUGGAGUACACCGCUGAUCCUGUCCAUGGCUUCAAUGCGGUGGUCCAUCGCGAGGGUGUCGCCGUCAAGGCUGUGGCUCCAGUUGCUAAGGUCUUGGCGCCAGCUCCACUGCUCCACGCUCCGUUGGUGGCCAAGCUGCCAGCUCUGCCCGCACUGGCUCCCUUGGGCCCCGCCUACGGUCCAGCUCUGGCUCCGGCUUACCGCCCGGCUCUGGCUCCCGCCUACUCGCCCCUGGCCUACCACUAAGUCAAGCUCCACUCAAACGGAAUACUGAAUCACACAUGUUGCCGACCUCUUGACCCGCGUAACUCCUUCAGCUCGGAGAAGUUGUAAGCCUAUCGUAGUCGAUAGUUGUAGUAUUUAGUUAAAAUGUUAGCGAUAUAUAUCGUUGCACUUGUGUACAUACGAAUUCACUCGAUUGGCCCUGAUUAGCCACUUCAGCUCCAAUCGCUCUCAUCAACACUCACAUUCGACGCCUUUCCCAUGUACGUUUCUUGUCUACUUAAUCUUAAGGCUGUUUCGACCGCGAUAAAAAUGAAAUAAUAUAUUCGAUAAAA